AUGCAAACCACUACCUUUACCUCCUACUGGGUACUCCAGACGGCCCUAUAUGCCAAUAAUCUCACAACGGCCAACAACCAGAGGGGUUUAAAGGUCAAGAAUGAACUCGAGUCUUGGACAGUGGAAUACGAUGGACUCAUUAACCAAUACCAAUGCAAUCAGUAUGAAUGGAUCGGCCUUAAGCUGAAAUCUCCCCUUUUCCGCCCUGAGAGUUUUAUCGCUGAUGCGGACUCAAAGACAGUCAUGGACAUCGUGACCAAGAAGUUCCUCACUGUUCCCAACUCAGAGACACGCCUAGUGGUCAAAGUAUUUAUACCGAAGCAUCUCUCCAGCCUGGGUGCGAUGAACGCUAUCGCAUCCAUGCUUUGGCUAGUAGACCCUCUGUUGAAUGAUAUUCAUCCUGCUCACUGUGGGCCUAACUCACUUUAUUCACUAGGAUUACAGUAUACUAAUCUUGUUAAUGACGAUGCCAAUGAUCUCCAGGCUGAGCUUUUGUCUGCAGUUGAGGUUGAGGACCCCUGGAAUAAUCGCCUUUCGCCGAACCGGCGCCCACUGGAGCUUCUCCCCCAUCCAGGAGAGCUGGGGGAAGCAAAGUAUAGCCAUGGGGUUCACAGAAUUCUCGGUGCUAACUCCGUCCAAGAUUUAAUCCAUCUCAUGGAUGUAGCAAUUUAUGGUGAGGCAGAAGACCACCCCUACGCAAGACCUGCUUAUUGUUUCGUGGACAACAAGUCAACUGUUGCUCUCACUCAACACUGUCUCGACAAAUCCGGUACCUUCUUUUACGAAUCAUAUCCCGAUCUCAGAUAUGGCUCUACAAUUUUCGACUUUCUUGAGGAGCAAGGCUUGGGUCAGUUCUGGGAGAGCAAGCUCCUCAGCUACGGCAUGGUGCCUGUUGACGAUAUCGAUCCUCGAUAUCAGACGUGGACCAUUGGAACCGAUGUAUCGCUGCGCCGAAUGCCUGAAUGGGCAGGCUACAAGGAGCUGAAUGGCUUGGAAAUUAUCAGUCGCGUUCUUAGAGAUACGCCGGAGUGCUGGGAGGAGGUACUGGAUAUGGUCUCCAUCCUGCGAAACAACUUCAGAUUAACAGUGGGCAAACCAUGUGGCUUCCAUAUUCAUGUUAGCAAAGGCACUGGGCCUAUACCGUUGCAUCUCUGGUCGGAAAUGAAUGUUCCAGCUGACUUCGAGCACUACAUCCCUGUCGACAAAAUCGCUGACCGCCGUACCUUGGGCAUUUUGAAGAAGCUAUGGACAGCCGAAACUCUACGUCGGCUCAAACAGCUUAUAGCGCCUAGCUCUGAAGAUGAGUGUAAAGGGGCUGUUGAGUUCCGCUACCUCGAAGGUACUCUAGAUCCUGAGCUGAUUCUUCGGUGGAGUCAGUUGAUGGUUUCUCUAUUCCAGUUUGCCGAUCUAGCUUCACCACAGGCAUGGCAGAAUUUUGUACCUGCAGUACUGCAGUGUCCAGUACUGGGUAAGAUGGAUACGAACGUGCUGAGAGUCUUUCUGGUAUUCCUAGGCAAGGGCGAUGAUUAUGGCUUUUGGAUUAAUCGUAUCGAAAUGAUACCGAAUUUGCCUCUCGAUGCACAGCAACUGGCUCGCACGCCAGCUGAUAACAAUGAGAUUCUGCCUCCCCUCGAUGAUGGGUACGUUAAUGCCUUGCGCGAGGAGCUAUGUAGUAGAGAGAUGAGAUUGUCCUGCGUGAUCCAGAGAGUGGCGGUCCCCAGCGAAUCUGAAUCUUCAACUGACCCAGACGACCGUGCAAAUAUACUGUUCGAGAAGGCUAGCUUUUUUGAUGAUUGA